AUGGCGGAGGUGCCGCAUUUCGUGCUCUACGAGCACGCCGUUGGUUACGCUCUCUUCAAAGUCAAGGAAUUUGAGGAUGCCGGCAACAUUCUACCACAGGUCAAUGACUCUGUCGGCGAUGUGUCGAAAUUCUCCAACAUCGUCAACCUGAUCGCCUUCGAUCCAUUCAAGAACACCGAGUCUGCCCUCGAGAACUGCAACUCGAUUUCCGAAGGUGUUGCCCAUGCCGAUUUGAUCAACUUCCUCCAGCAGAAUCUACCGCAAAAGAAGAAGAAGGUUAUCAUCGGUGUCAACGACGGAAAGCUGGCCAGCUCAUUGGUGGAGUCGUUCCCCGAAUUGAAGCCGACCUUCGGAAAUCUCAUCACUGAGAUCCUCCGCGGCAUCCGUGUUCACUUUGAGACGCUUGCCAAGAAGCUGCCCCAUCAUUCGCUGUCCAAGGCUCAACUCUCGCUUGGUCACUCUUAUUCUCGUGGAAAGGUCAAAUUCGACGUUCACCGUGUCGACAACAUGGUCAUCCAAUCUAUUGCCUUGCUCGACCAGCUCGACAAGGACAUCAACCUCUUCGGAAUGCGCAUCCGCGAGUGGUACUCGUACCACUACCCAGAGCUCUACAAGAUCGUCGGCGACCAAUACAAAUAUGUGCGGUGCGCCGUCGCCAUCCUGGAUCGCAACAAGUCUUCAGAAGACCCGGAGCUACCCGCGAAAUUGCUGGAAAUCAUCGAAGAUGAAGAAAAGGUUGCUGAAAUCGUCGAGGCUGCUCGCACAUCUAUGGGCAUGGACAUUUCCGAUCUGGAUCUGAUGAACAUUGAAAGAUUCGCUGCCCGUGUCGCAUCACUUACCGAGUACCGUCAGCGUCUCCACGGAUAUAUCAAGGACCGUAUGCACAGCUGCGCUCCGUCACUUUCGGCCCUCGUUGGCGAGCAGGUCGGUGCUCGUCUGAUCUCACAUGCCGGAUCUCUAACAAACCUCGCCAAGUUCCCCGCCUCAACGAUUCAAAUCCUCGGUGCAGAAAAGGCGCUGUUCCGAGCCCUCAAGACGCGAAGCAACACGCCCAAGUACGGACUGCUGUUCCACUCACCCUUCAUCGGACGCGCCGCCGCCAAGAACAAGGGUCGCAUCUCGCGAUUCCUGGCCAACAAGUGCACAAUGGCAUCCCGCAUUGAUUGCUUCUCCGAGGUUCCCGUCGAAACUUUCGGAGAACACUUGCGUGCACAAGUUGAAGAGCGACUCCGUUACUUCGAGACUGGAGAGGUCCCCGCCAAAAACAUUGACGUGAUGAAGGCAGCUGAAGAGGAAGCAGUAGGCACCCGCACCAAGGUUCUCAAGAAGAGGAAGAAGGCCGCCAAGAAAGCAAAGAAGAUUUUGGAUGAGACUGCUGAGGAAGAAGCCGACGAGCCGCCGCCGAAGAAAAAGAAGAAGAGCGCCGUUGCGGACGCGGACGAGGAGAUGGAAAACGUGGCGCUGGAGGAGAAGCCGAAGAAGAAGAGGAAGUCCAAGAAGGCCGACGACGAGGAGGAAGAA